GCGGCAGUGGCGGCGGCAGCGGGCGGGGCUCGGCUCGGGCUCCGCGGGCGGGCGGGCGGACAUGGCGGCCAACAUGUACCGGGUCGGAGAUUAUGUCUACUUUGAGAAUUCCUCUAGCAAUCCGUACCUCAUCAGAAGGAUAGAAGAACUCAACAAGACUGCAACUGGCAACGUGGAAGCAAAAGUAGUGUGCUUUUAUAGACGACGAGAUAUUUCCAACACGCUUAUAAUGCUUGCAGACAAGCAUGCUAAAGAAAUUGAGGAAGAAUCUGAAACAACAAUUGAGGCUGACUUGACGGAUAAACAGAAACAUCAGUUGAAACAUAGGGAGCUCUUUUUGUCUCGCCAAUACGAAUCUCUGCCUGCAACACAUAUCAGGGGGAAAUGCAGUGUUGCCCUUCUGAAUGAGACAGAGUCUGUAUUGUCAUAUCUUGAUAAAGAGGAUACUUUUUUCUACUCAUUGGUCUAUGAUCCCUCAGUGAAAACACUGUUAGCUGACAAAGGUGAAAUCAGAGUGGGACCUAGAUAUCAAGCAGACAUUCCAGAAAUGCUCUUAGAAGGAGAAUCAGAUGAGAGGGAACAGUCAAAAUUGGAAGUGAAAGUUUGGGACCCAAAUAGCCCACUUACAGAUCGACAGAUUGACCAAUUUUUAGUUGUAGCACGUGCCGUCGGGACAUUCGCCCGAGCCCUUGAUUGCAGCAGUUCUGUACGGCAGCCUAGUUUGCAUAUGAGUGCAGCUGCAGCUUCUCGAGACAUCACCCUGUUUCAUGCUAUGGAUACGUUGUAUAGGCACAGCUAUGAUUUGAGCAGUGCAAUUAGUGUCUUAGUACCACUUGGGGGACCUGUUUUAUGCAGAGAUGAAAUGGAAGAAUGGUCGGCCUCUGAAGCUAGUUUAUUUGAAGAGGCACUGGAAAAAUAUGGCAAAGACUUCAACGACAUACGUCAAGACUUUCUCCCUUGGAAAUCAUUGACUAGCAUCAUUGAAUAUUAUUACAUGUGGAAAACUACUGACAGAUAUGUGCAGCAGAAACGUCUAAAAGCAGCAGAAGCUGAGAGUAAGCUGAAACAAGUGUAUAUCCCAACUUACAGCAAACCAAAUCCCAACCAAAUAUCCACCAGCAAUGGCAAACCUGGUGCUGUGAAUGGAGCCGUGGGAUCCGCAUUCCAGCCGCAGAACCCUCUCCUAGGGCGAGCCUGUGAGAGCUGCUAUGCUACACAGUCUCAUCAGUGGUAUUCUUGGGGCCCACCUAAUAUGCAGUGUAGGUUAUGUGCAACCUGUUGGCUCUAUUGGAAAAAAUACGGAGGCCUAAAAAUGCCCACCCAGUCGGAAGAGGAGAAGUUACCUCCCAGCCCAGCUACAGAGGACCCUCGAGUUCGAAGUCACAUGUCUCGCCAGGCCAUGCAGGGGAUGCCGGUCCGAAACACUGGGAGCCCAAAGUCUGCAGUGAAGACCCGUCAAGCUUUCUUCCUUCACACUACAUAUUUCACAAAAUUUGCUCGUCAGGUCUGCAAAAAUACCCUCCGGCUGCGGCAGGCAGCAAGACGGCCGUUUGUUCCUAUUAAUUAUGCUGCCAUUAGGGCAGAAUAUGCAGACAGACGUGCGGACCUAUCUGGAAGUCCACUGAAAAGCAAAAGCACUAGGAAACCUUUGGCAUGUAUCAUUGGGUAUUUAGAGAUCCAUCCUUCGAAGAAACCUAAUGUAAUUCGAUCUACACCAAGCCUACAAACCCCAGCUACCAAGCGGAUGCUCACCACCCCGAAUCACACGUCUCUGAGCAUUUUGGGGAAAAGAAACUACAGUCAUCACAAUGGCCUGGAUGGCAAAGUGGAACCCUGCAGCCUGCCCUCCCUCCCUCCCCGCCUCCCCCGAAUACCGAGUGGCCUGCGUGUGAGGUCUCUAAGCUCGGCCUCCGUUGGAAUCUGCAUUGCCCCUGGCAGAGGAGGAUGCAGGGCUCAUCAGGACGCAGACUGGGUGGCUGCCUCCCUGCCCCCACCAGCUCUGGCAGCAGAGACUGUGGAGCCAACAAGACAUCGUCCUGGGAGAGGGAGGCGGGAGUCCAGUCAACACCCUGACCGUCGUGCUCACAGCCUGGUGAGAACAGCCUGCUGUACGUCCGCCAGCCUGCUGUCGUUAUUCCCAGAUUCCUGAUGCUUCCAAAGUCUGUGAUGGUCCCAAGUCCACAGCCGUGAUGAAGUACAUCCCACAGGCAGAGGGCUCCCCUGCCAAGUUUCUACUGCCAUGGUCUGGGGACAUGGGGGCUUCUCCCACAAACAGAACAAUCCUGAGAGUCCUCAAGGUUCCCUGCCACUGUCCACCCCACUUAGCCGGCCAUCACCCAGUACUCCCUGCGGAGAGGGGAGUGGGGAGCUGUGGCUGGCUUCAGAUAAGGUACGAGUCCUGCUCCCCUCUGCGUGGUGUUCUCAUGAGCCCAUGGCACCAGGCCUGCGGGCAGAGAUGAGGGCCCGGGGCUCCUGGUAACCUGGGACAGCACCAAGAGAGGCUGUGCUUCCAGGCUCCAGGAUCUGACACGCCCCGCCCCCUUGCCUCCAUGCCAAACGGCUGUGGUCAGCAGGGCGCUGCGUGCUGCCAACUCUGAGUCUCUGGGUUUCAGACGCAGUGGCCGUUGGCCCCUCUCCCACAGAUCCUCCAGGGCUUUCCACUGCCCUGGGCUCCCACUGGCCAAGGCUGAGGGCAGAUAGGCCAUAACCACGGGGUGCAGGGUGGUGGGACCACCAGACUGAGCUUUGAAUACAGACAAGCCUGGGCUGGAAACAGAGCUGCCUGCUUUCCAAAUCUCUCUGAGCCUCAUCUGUAAAAUGGGGUGCUGCCACCUUCUUGGAGAGUUGUAAGGAUUAAAUGAGGUCAUAUAUGUGAAAACAUCUAGCAAAUUCCCUGGCACAGAGUCGGUGUUCAGAAAAACGGGAGAUCUAACUUUCGUGAUUUUCUGUCUUGGAUUAGGCCCACGCUUGGCACUAGGGGGCCCUUCUCGUGGCCACGUGCACCCUGCCCAGGGGGCCUCCCUGAGACAUUUGUGUGUUCUGUCCUCAGCUCCUGUACAGAGAAACACAUCACUGCAGCCCGAGCACACGCCCAGCCUCUGCCCUCACUGCCCUGAACUGGUGGAAGCUUAGGGGGAGGCUGGUGGUGUUUCUUCAUUGCCUGUAGGAGAGGAAAUCCUCUAGAGCGGUAGGUGGGUGAAGGUCCCGACAUCCCUCAGGGCCGGAAGUCCUUUCAGCAAAGUCAGGGUCUCCUUUGCCGUUGUCAGUGGAGGGGAUCAAAGCAAUGAGCCGGCAGGCUGGGGCGGGGGAGGCAGGGUUCAGACCCAGGUUUUCUGGAGGAAGCGCUGACUCUACCCAGGGACCUGUUUCAUCCAGAUCCAGCUUCAGUUCCCCCCACGUGCGACCCCUCACCAACUUCUCAUUGAAGCCCCAUGAAACCGAGCCCAGAUCUCCCUCUGCAGGUUGCAUGAUUCGUCUCUACCCAUUGCUGCGUCCCGGGCUCCCAGCACUCCUGGACCCCACGGGGGCCUGUACAUAGCAGGGGGGAGAAGGGGGAGGAGGCCAGACAGCCCUCCCCCCCUGCUGCCAAGCUCCUGAACAGCUUUACGCCCCUCUGAAGGCUCAUCACAAUGUCUGUAUUAACUGUGGUUAACUCCAGCUGGGGGGAUUUUGUGUUUUUAGUAUUUCUACGUUUUCUACAAUGAGCACAAGUCACUUCAGUUACUGGGGAGAGAAACCUCAACAGAUGCUAUAUUUUAAAGUUAUGUAAAAAGAGUAAGUGAGAAAGAGAAAGAGGCAGAGGGACAUCAGCUGUGCCGCAGGACAGGCAUAGGAGCUCGCAUGGAGGCGCCACACACAGAGCAUGAGGGCUUCUCUAAAAGCAGGGGGACCCGAUCACAGACCCUCCACAAGGUCCACGGUCACCCAGCGCUCCAGAUCUCCCUCCCCCCUGCACACGCACACAGUCAUGGGAGCACCAGGUGUCUGGCAAAGAUCACAGGCUGUGUGUGUGCAGACCCGUAGGUGCCCGUCUGUCAGGAAGCCUUUACUAAGGACUUUCUGGGUAGCAGGCAAGUGCUGUGCUGAGCCUGUGGACAGAGGGAUGGAGAGGACCCUGGCCUCAGGGAGCAGUCCGCCCAGCAGAACCCUGCAGGGCAGUGGGCUGAAGGCUGUUAGGGGUGAAGGGGAGCUAGGCCCCCAGGAACCUGGCAGUCCUGGAGAGGACAGGAGGAGGAUGGAUGACAGUGAUGUCCAGGACCCGGCCUAGGAGACCCUGAGUCACUCGGCAGCAGUGCACGUAGGAGCGGUGGGGCUGGGAGAGUUACUUGGCAGGGGUGGCACUCGGGGGCACCUGUGGCAGCUCUGGGCCCGCAGCAUGAGGAUCGGUCACCCCGGGAACUUCUUGCGGGCAGGGUCCUGAGUCACAGACAGGGCCGUGGAGCCUUGCCCGCGUUCCCAGCUGUACCUGUGGCGACGCAGGUGGGCGGGGCUCAGACAAGGCUGGGAUCCCAGGGAAAGGUGGGCAGUCCCACAGUUGGGGGUAAAUCCUCCCCAGGUACUCACGCGGUCCCAGCUGGCACCAGGAGGCUGUCAUUGGGGGUCAGGCUCAGGCGCUGUCCUUCCAUCGUCACAACCGAGGAGCCCUCCUAGGAAAGAGGAAUAGGAGAAACAAAUGGAGGCUGUCAGGCUGCGGCACCUGUCCGAGCGUCCCUGAGUCAGCCUUGGCAAGGAGGCCCGGGAGCCGGUCCGGGCUGUGGACACCCCAGGAGCAGCCUGGUCCUCACGGGCAGGCAGGAGGCUGUGCCCCUCCCGCCCCACCCCCGGGCCCACUUGCCAACUGCCACAGCCACACGUCCACGUCCUGUCUCUGGCCUUCGCUGCUGCCUUGUCCACAGACCAUCACCUGCGGGGAAGUGACACGGAGCUUUCCGGCACAUCCUGCCCCACGUGGGAGAUGGCCUUGAACCUGGCCCCGAGACACCAGGCCUGCGUGGGGCAGGGAUGGGGCCCGCAACACAGCCUCAUUUCCAGGUGCGGAGCAGACAGCUGGCCUUGGAGAGGAAGGCUGCCCAGGCCACAGGGCCCCCUGGCCACCUGCUGUUGGGGAUCACACGUGCCUGCCCUCCACAUCCACGUACAUUUCUGGCCCCUCGGAUGCACGACACAACUACUGCUGACCCAUGUGGAGGCACGCCUACCAGGGGCACACGAGGCACGUGUGUGUACACGGCUCAGUGCAGAUGCACGUAGCACACACGCAUGAACUCCCCAGAGGAUGCCCACCUCCCUUCCUCGUGAGAGGUUAGGAGUCUGGCCUAAGGAGGAGGAGGAGGGAGGUGGGAGAGGAUGAAUGAGAGCGAGAGGGAGGCCGAGCAACUCUGACCUGCAUCAGCUGGAACCCACAGCUGCUGUGCAGGCCACGCUCCCAGCGGCCCAGAGUGGGUGGGACUCAGUAGAUGUUGGCUGGAGUGAACUGAAGCAGGGAGAAGGACGGGUGUGAA